UGAGAAGAGUAAACGAAGGACAAGAACUGUCCAGAACACAAAUGAACCCACCUGGAAUCAAACAUUCAUGUACCAGAAUGUAAAACCAGAAGACUUUGUUGAGAGAAUGAUUGAGAUUACAGUAUGGGAUUUUGAUAGAAUAGGAGCUAGUGAAUUUCUUGGAGAGGUUUUAAUAGAUCUUACAUCAGCAUGUUUGACAGAUGAACCAUAUUGGUAUCAGCUCAGUAACCAUGACAACACAAGUCUACCACUUCCUAGUUCUUCUCCAAGAAAUAAAACGAGUAAAGACCCAUAUGAUGUACGGCAUAGGCAACAAAUGUCACCACCUCACGUAGGACGGGGUGUUAGUGAUAGCGACGUAUCCGAGAUUGAUGACAGUAUCGGUGUCGUGGGUGGUUUAACAAGAGAUGUAGAUUCUAGCAGAAGAGGGAGGUUACCUAGUACAGCAAAUGAGAAACUCGAUGUCCCGGACAGAGGUCGCAGAUCUAAAUCUCCUGCCGCAGAUUCCAGGGAUCGGCAAAGAAAUAGGUCAAGGUCACCAGCUCCGGAUAGAGGUCAGAGGUCAAGAUCACCUGCUCCAGACCAAGGUCAUAGGUCAAGGUCACCUGCUCCAGACAGAGGUCAUGGUCACAUGAGGUCAAGGUCACCUUCCUCACAUCACCGAGUGCCUGAUACUGUAGCUCGCUCAUUGUCACCCACAGAUCUCAGCAGACAUUCCUCAACCAGUACGCCUGUACGGAUGCCGGGUAUUUCACCAACCAGUACACCAUCACCAAAGAAACGCCAGCUUCCAGCAAUACCUGUCGAGGCUCAGAGAGCCAGCAGGGACCGAGUAACGCAAGAAUUAGAGGAGCGAGCGAGAAUGAUGAAACAGAGAAUAAUUCGUCAGGCGGAGGGUACGAGCAUGCCUCAUUCUGAUAGUGAAGGUUACCGCCAGAGUCGACACAGUCAGGAAAACAGGUCAAGGUCACGUGACCGAGCAUUUGAUAGGGAAUAUGACUUCAGACUGGGACGUGAUUUUGGAGGGGGCGGCUACCACCAUAGAAGAAGACGAGAGUUUGGGAUGGAUGAUGAUGCACAGAGUGACGCCUCCGAGACUAGCGAUAUGUCUGAAGUGUCAAAGGUCAGCACGAUCAGUCUAAGGUCAACGCAGUCUGAAAGGCCGCGGAAAUUCAGUGAGUUUACCUCUAGGAUGGAAAGCCGAAGUACACCUAUGCCUGCACGUCGUGCACCUCCACGUAGUUCUAGUAAUGAUAGUACUGGAUUUGAAAAAACUGACGGUAGCCAAUCAGAUUCUGCGGUUUCCAGUAGUAUAACUGAGGGGCGGAGCAAGCGUAGGCCGAGCCUUAGUCAUAAAAUGGCGUCAUUUGUAGGACUUAGAAGGAGGAGUAGCAGUGCUAAUCAGCUAGAUGGGAGAAAGAGAAGUUCAUUUCAGCGAUGUGAGGAGGUAAUACCAGGUGUUGAAGGUCCUGGACAUAUGUACAAGCAAGGCAGUAGGGAAUCAACUGAUGGCAGCAUCAGUAGUGACUCCGGUAGUGUAUUAUGGUUACCUCCUGGAAUGAGACUUGGUUCUGAGGGACAGUUUGGUGACUUUGUAGAGGGAUUGGGCCCGGCUCAAUUGGUAGGCAGACAGGUACUCGGCUCAGCAUGUCUAGGAGAGAUUCAGCUAGGCCUGUAUGACAGGAAAGGUCAUUUAGAGGUCGAAGUUAUACGAGCUAGAGGCUUACUGGCGAAAGCAGGCGCUAAAAUACUUCCAGCACCAUACGUCAAGGUGUACCUGAUUGAAGGGAAACAUUGUAUUGAGAAACAAAAGACAACCGUAGCUCGUAGAACGUUAGACCCUCUUUAUCAACAACAACUUAUGUUUACAGAACCGUACACGGGCAAGAUUUUACAGUUAACUGUGUGGGGCGACUACGGUAGAAUGGAUCGUAAAGUAUUUAUGGGCGUGGCUCAGAUAAUGCUGGAUCAACUUGACCUGUCAAACAUCGUAAUCGGCUGGUAUAAGUUGUAUACUAGUUCUUCCCUCGUCGGCCAUCAUUCCUCAACUGGUACCCUGACUGCAAGUAGGAAGGGAUCCAGCACUUCAUUAGACAGUGGAUAUAAUAAUAGCACUCGGACCUAGCUAGUGUUCUCUAACCAAUAGUAACCAAUCUUUUUUUGCAAUUUUGUAAGCUCGCAUUCAAUUUUUCAACAACAAAAAUAAAUGAUGGGCGGUCUGCUUGAUUUAUUGUGAAACAAUAUAACAAUGUGUUCUUUUUCAUGUGAAAUAAAACAAGCAUUCAUCUGACUUGGACAAUGUGAAUUUAUGUGUGAAAGAAAGUCAGUUUUGGUCUGCUUGAUUUUUUUAAUUUUUUUUUUGAAAAAGAAGAAAAUUCCAGAAAUUGGGACCAGAUGAUUUUAUGAAGGGUCUGCUUGAUAUAUAUUCAAAACAAACAACAGGACCUCGUGAUUUUGUGAUGAGACCUUUGGAUUUAUUUUUAUUUAUUUGUGUUUUUAAAUGAAGGUACUAUAGUCUUCAAAUGUAACAAGUAAAAAAACUUCAUGACCUAUAUAAUGUUCAAAAUUCUGAUAUUAUAAAAUCACCAUUUAAUUUGAUUUGAUGUUGUAUAGCAUAAGAUAACAAAUGAAAGUAAUGAAUUGGAAAGCCCUUUUAUUCGGGCACUGAUUAGAUAUACGUACAUGUAUUCACUUGUCGACAAAAAGUUUCUAUAUAGUGAGUAAGCUUUGAUGAAAAAUUUUUUUGACUGGCUGUAAAACAGGACAUUUCCAGACA